AUGUCUGACGCACUCGCUUCACAAUUGAAUACCGUACAAUUAGGCGAAAACGGUGUAGAUAAUACAUGGAAGGAACAGCUCAAGCUCCCCCCCAAAGACAAUAGAAAACAAACAGAGGAUGUCACGGCCACUAAGGGAUUGGAGUUUGAAGAUUUCUACAUCAAAAGAGAGCUGAUGAUGGGCAUUUUCGAAGCGGGAUUUGAGAAGCCUUCCCCAAUUCAAGAAGAGACCAUACCUGUUGCUCUUACCGGCCGUGACAUACUUGCUCGGGCAAAAAAUGGGACCGGAAAAACCGCAGCCUUCGCCAUACCUACCCUAGAACGCACCAACCCAAAAAUAUCGAAGACUCAGGCGCUCAUUCUCGUACCCACAAGAGAAUUAGCGCUUCAAACGUCUCAAGUCUGCAAAACACUGGGCAAACAUCUUGGCAUGAACGUAAUGGUCACUACCGGAGGAACUGGACUUCAGGAUGAUAUCAUUCGACUAAAUGAUACCGUUCAUAUUAUUGUUGGUACGCCAGGCAGAAUUCUCGACUUGGCGAGUAAAGGCGUUGCAGACCUUUCUGAAUGUACCACUUUUGUGAUGGAUGAAGCUGAUAAGCUUCUGUCACCGGAGUUUACCCCUGUAAUUGAACAGCUAUUAUCAUUUCAUCCCAAGGAUCGUCAGGUUAUGUUAUUCAGUGCCACAUUUCCAAUGAUUGUGAAGACCUUCAAGGACAAACAUAUGCGAAACCCAUAUGAAAUUAAUCUUAUGGAUGAGCUUACUUUACGAGGCAUCACUCAGUAUUAUGCUUUCGUAGAAGAACGGCAGAAAGUCCAUUGCCUGAAUACCCUCUUUUCCAAGCUCCAGAUUAACCAAUCUAUAAUAUUCUGCAACUCUACGAAUCGGGUAGAAUUACUUGCUAAAAAGAUCACGGAGCUUGGCUACUCGUGUUUUUAUUCGCAUGCGCGUAUGCUCCAACAAAAUCGAAAUCGAGUAUUCCAUGAUUUCCGCAAUGGUGUAUGCCGCAACCUUGUCUGUUCAGACUUAUUGACCCGAGGUAUUGACAUACAGGCUGUCAACGUUGUCAUUAACUUCGAUUUCCCGAAAAAUGCAGAAACGUAUCUUCACCGAAUUGGCCGUUCUGGUCGAUUUGGCCAUCUUGGAUUGGCGAUUAACCUGAUCAACUGGGAGGACAGGUACAAUCUAUACAAAAUUGAGCAAGAAUUAGGUACCGAGAUUCAGCCGAUACCGCCGUCGAUCGAUAAAAAACUAUAUGUUUAUGAUACCCCUGAAACAAUUCCCCGGCCCAUCUCAAAUGCCCCGGCGGCUCGCAAUGCCUCCAUUGUACAAACUAGCACUCCGGAUAUUCAACAUCGUCGACAAGGAAACCACGGUGCUAGCCAAGGGCAACAGAGUUCAAAUCGAGGUCAUUCUCGUGGAAAUUACCGUGGUCGUAGUCAGGGUCAUCGUGGUGGCCAUGCGGACGGUAAUCGUGGCCGCUCUACACCCUCUGCUUCUGCCGCUCCUACUACCUAA